AUGCUUGAGUCAUCUUGCGCGGAAGGCGAAGAUGUUUUGGACCAGGACGGCAUUGCCAAGGAAAACAACCGGUCGAGUACUCCGCACUCAGCUGUCCUUGUAGAAGAUGUCGGGAGAUAUCGUCCGUUUGGCCCUAAUAUCCUGGUAUGGAGAUAUUCUGUUGGACUCGUGUUGGUUCGCCUUGGCUGGUGUACUCCGGACCCAGCGGUACCCGGACGAUCCGACCUUGGCAACGCCCUUUACUCCCCCCCCCCCGCAGAGCGGGCCGCAGCGCCCUCGCCCGGAUUCCACCGCCAACACCUGGUCCUCUUCAAGAAUGUGACCUUUUUUCACUCCCUCCUCUAA